UGACAGUGUGUCAUGUGAUUGCUUCCUGGUCUCUUCUUCUUCUUCUUCUUCUUCUUCUUGUUUCUUCUGUUUCUCUCUGGAUUUAAAAAGCAAGUCACGUGCGACACUUCGCUUCGAACUCAAACACAAACAACCGGGUGAGGAACAAACUCCAGUUUCAUCCGCUGAAGAACCAACAACCCGCAGGAAGUCAUUCAAACCGGUUAGCUGCCCUGUUAGCCACCUAGCCGGCUCUGCUAACGUAGCUCGUCUCGCUGUGGAUUAGCUCCACAGGGUUUGUGCUGUGGCAGGUUUCCACUUCCGCUCAGUGUUGAAGGAGCAUGAAGAGAAGCUGCUCUCUGCUAACUACUCAUUAAAAUGGAGCUUCCCAUGGGAAUCCUGUUUCUGGCCCUGCUCGGCCUGAGCACGGCGCUGGUCUGUCCUGAUGGAGGCAUGUGCGAGGACAAAAACACCUGCUGCAAGAACACGAUGGGAGGAUACGGCUGCUGCCCGCUGCCACACGCUGAGUGUUGUUCAGACCACCUCCACUGCUGCUAUGAGAGGACCCUGUGUGAUCUGGCUCAUAGGAAAUGUGUCAAUAAGACCGUUUCUCUGCCGUGGAUGAGACGUCUUCCUGCCAAACAGGCUCUGGAAGUCCCUGAGCUCUUUGACAGAGUAAAGACAAUCGUAUGUCCAGACCAGGUGUCCACGUGUUCAAAUGACAGUACUUGCUGCCAGCUUCUUGACGGCAGCUGGGCCUGUUGUCCGAUGGUUAAGGCCGUGUGUUGUGAGGAUAAGCAGCACUGUUGUCCCGAGGGAACAAAGUGUGACACCGCUCAUGAAGUGUGUGUUUCUGCGUCACUGGAGUCCGUCCCCAUGGUGGAGAAACUCCCGGCCAAACGCAGGGAGAAUUACCCAGUUUCUGCGGCUCUGACCGUGGGUUCAGUGACGUGUCCUGGAGGGAAGAGCAGUUGUCCUGAUGGUUACACCUGUUGCCUGUUAACCACCGAAGACUACGGCUGCUGCCCUUACGACCAGGCCGUGUGCUGCAGCGAUCACGUCCACUGUUGCCCCAGCAACACGAUAUGUGACAUGGAACAUGACGUCUGCAAGUCCGGUGAGACCGAAAUGCCGCUGCUGAAGAAGAUCUCUGCGGUUCUUAACGACAUUGUGUGUCCAGACAAAGUGGCCGUCUGUCCUGAUCAGACCACGUGCUGCGAGAUGGACAGCGGCUCGUACGGCUGCUGCCCGAUGCCGAAUGCCGUCUGCUGCUCAGAUCACAUCCACUGCUGCCCUGAAGAAACCACGUGCGACCUGCAGCACAGCACCUGUGUGUCGACCCGGGGAGACGCCAUCAUGGCCUCUAAGAUCCCCGCUGCUGUGAUGGAGCCGGUGACGGAGCCGGUGACGGAGCUGGUGGCGGCGCGGAGCAGAGUUGCUGCUGUUCCCUGUAACGACUCUGUGGCCUGUGCUGACGAAAAUACCUGCUGUCAAACGCCGUCGGGCCAAUGGGCCUGUUGCCCGUUACCUAAGGCCGUGUGCUGCGAGGACCACAUGCACUGCUGCCCCCACGGCACCGUAUGCAACCUGGAAGCCUCCACGUGUGACGACCCCACGGCGAACACGGCGGUGAUGCCUUGGCUUCACCACGUUCCCGUCUUCCCCAUCGUGACGGACAAGUGUGAUAACUCCACAUCAUGUCCUGGAGAAUCCACCUGCUGCAAGACGGUGAUUGGAGACUGGGCCUGCUGCCCGCUGCCUCAGGCUGUGUGCUGCGACGACUACGUCCACUGCUGCCCUCACGGCACCGUCUGCAACCUGGAGGAGGAAUCUUGUGACGACCCGUCAGGUUUCUCAGCCUCCCUCCCCUGGACGGAGAAGGUCUCCGCGGUGACGUUGGAGGUCCAGGACGAGAAGUGUGACCAGGAGACCACGUGUCCGGGAGGAACCACCUGCUGUAAGAAAGACUCCGGACAGUGGGCCUGCUGCCCCCUGCCUCAGGCCGUGUGCUGCAGCGACCAGGAGCACUGUUGUCCCAAAGGCUACAAGUGUAACGUGGCCGUGCAGACGUGUGAUCAGCCCGGAGGCCGGAGCCUGGCGUGGCUGCAGAAGAUCCCGGCGCUGAGGACGGAGCUCCACCAGGCUGCUUCUGCUCCGGCUCCACAGGGGAGGAACAUGUGUGACUCCAGCACCAGCUGCCCCAAAGACAUGACCUGCUGCUUCAUGGACAGGACCCACCAAUGGGGCUGCUGUCCUCUGCCAAAGGCCGUCUGCUGCAGCGAUGGAGACCACUGCUGCCCCAGCGGUCACACCUGUGAACAUCAGCGCUCCGCCUGCUCCAGGGGCUCCCACGCCGUCCCCUGGUUCACCAAACUGAGCGCCGUGGCCGAGCCCGGCGCCGUGACGGACGUCAAGUGUGACGACAAGAGCAGCUGUGCUACAGGAACGACCUGCUGUAAACUGCUGACAGGAGAGUGGGGCUGCUGCCCUCUGGUCAAGGCGGUUUGCUGUGCGGACCACGAGCACUGCUGUCCUCAGGGCUACACCUGCAACAUGCAGACGGGAACGUGUGAGAAGAAGAACCUCGAUGAGCUGGUCCAAACCCUCCCUCAGAUCAAAGUGGCACGGUCCGGGCCUGGAGACGCAGAGGACGUACCAUGUGACGGCACGGGGGAAUUCCACUGCCCCAGAAAAGAUACGUGCUGCAAGACGUCGUCCACAGAGUGGGCGUGUUGUCCCUCGCCACGGGCGACCUGCUGCUCCGACUCGAAGCACUGCUGCCCUGAGGGAUUCUCCUGCGACGUGGCAGCGGGAGGCUGCACCAUGGAGAGACCCCAGCUGACCUGGGACAUGUUGUCUGGGAACAGACAGAGAGACUUUGUCCCUCACGGACUUUAGUCCCACUGAUCCGUCACAUCUUCAGCUUCUGUUGAGUUUUUCCUCACUUGAAGGUACUUUUGGUUUGCGGGCGACGCCGAUGCUCAACGGUUUGCUGGGUUUGGUCCUCAUCGUGUUCAGUCCUCAGAGGUCAACCUUAGACGAUGAUUAAGUAUAUGAAGGACUCGCUGCACGACUUUGUCUCUGCGUCUUUCUUAUUGGUUUUAAAACCCAUGAAAAGAAUCAAGACAAUUAGUUUCUUAGUAAAGAUGUAAGAAAGCAUGUUUUAAUUCACAAAUCAGAAUUUACAGAGAGAAGAGUUAGUAUGUGAACAUGAGACCAAUUUAAACCUUUUCUCAUUGAUUCAAAAACACAUAGAUCCAUAUAGACAGAUUACCUCGAGUCCUAAUGACCUUAAAAACAAUAUGAAUAUCUACAAACAGGUUCGAAGUUUAUUAACAAGCAGUUAAAGCUUUGAUUCACACGUCCUGUAUUUUUCAGAUCAUUUCCUGGAAGUUUUUCUCGGCCGAAAUUGUCUAGAGAAUUAAAUUAAACCUUUGGCAAAUAAAUACAGUUUUUCUGCUGAGUAGAAACUAUCAGAGGCUGGAAACUCGGAGCCUCAGCAGCUGAAUAAUGAACCAGUUCAGAGACACAGGAACGAGAUUCAUCUUAUCAUGGGAUUAUUAAUCAUAAGCAACGUGCAGAGCGUCAGCGGCUGCGUCUCCUCUGUCUUCGUUUCUCUUUGGACUCUUUGUCCAGGUCUGUUUUUAUUCUUCUAUAAAAACAGACGUGAAUGUACUUUCUGCCUUAUUCUGGAUAAAAUGCUGAGUCAGACUUGAGAAAACGAGUCGACCACUCGUUCAGGAAGCAGCUUUUCUGUGUUUGUUGGUUCACGACGAGAACGUCGAGUAUAAUCUACAUUUAGAGGUCAAUUAAGUUUGUCUUGCAUCUGUGAAUUUGAUGUGUGUCGAUUUUAUUUAAUCCUUAUUUUACCUGUGAUUUAAAGACCCAGCUGUCAUGAAAACAUUGGUGUAUAUAUAAAUAGUUAAACAUCGUACUCUUGGAAAAGAUCGACAGACGGAACAAAGAGCUUGUGCCUUCUCUCACGUCAUAAGAGCUGCUCGGUAUCAGAGGGACGUUCAGACCAUCGUCAAGAAAACAACAACAAUAAGAGCCAAGUACAUCUCAGUGUCCCGGGGAAACAAAUUCAGGGUUUGCUCCGUCGGCACAGAACGAAAAACAAAGACUCUGAGACGAUGCUGCUGGUUUCCAGCUUCUGAACAACACACAAGGGCAUCGUUUCCUCGCGGAGAUGAAAGAAUCCAGUUCAAAACCUGUUUUCCACCCAAACUUUGAUUUGUGUUGGUGAAGAUGUUGUUCUGAGAGCGUCCGGCUGCCAGAGAAGAGAUGUGAUGGUUGUUGGCAGCGGACGGAGCCUGAAGGGAAAAACCUGCAGACACUGUUCAGGGUAGAAUCAGGUUUCCUGGAUUAGUUUUAAUCUGUUAAAAGAAAAUUGGAUAAAGUAGAAAAGAGGCAAACACCAGAUUAUUUGUCCUCGAUGCAACAGUUCUUCAUCGUAGAGUCUUUUUGUUUCAUAGCUUUCAGAGAAACCGAUGAAGGUUCACUAACACUAAGUCUGCUCCUCUUCAAUCUGUGAUCACUCAACGUGGCGUGAGGUGAUGAUGAUUUUAUCAAAAAUGUUCUUUUCAAAAUGUAACUUCCUAAAAGUGUAUUCUCUAAACGUCCGGUGCUCACUGUCACUGCUGCUUUUAGAAACGUGUCCUGGUUGAUUGUUGUGUUUUGAUGCCUUUUAAAGAACUUUAAUUUGAGGGGGGGGGGGGUUAAAGAGACUGAAAUAAAGUUGUUGAAAAUA